GGUGGAGGAGAAGGAGUAGAAGAAGAGAAGAUACGCAGAGUGGGAGACUCUAUUCUCUUCAACCAGUCUCUGUCUUCUCAAAUACUAACACUGCUCCUACUCUCACUCAACCCAUGCAUUUCUGACGUUUCCCCUUCUCUUUUCCAGUUAUUUACCACUAUGCCAUCACGCCAACCGCCAUUUUCGCCGGCCCCGUCGCCGGUGACCCACCGCCACCGGCCCAAUCUUGUCCCACCAGUCGUUGGUGGGACAGUUGCUCUUUCACUCCUCGCCUUCCUUGUUGUCAUCCUGUACCGGAAACUUUCUCGAAGCCGCACGGUUCCGGCGGAUCUCAAACCACCGCAUCGGUUUUCGUACUCGCUCCUCCGUCGCGCCACGUCGUCGUUUUCGCCGUCGAAUAGGCUCGGGCAGGGUGGGUUCGGAUCGGUCUACAAGGGUGUUCUGCCAUCCGGUCAAGAGGUUGCUGUGAAGCUCAUGGACUCCGGCUCGCUCCAAGGGGAGCGGGAGUUCAACAACGAGCUCUCGCUCGCCGGGAAAGUCGUCGACUGUGAAUAUGUGGUGAGGAUCCAGGGCUUCUCCUCUGACCGCCGGCGCCGGAGACUGGUUCUGGUGUAUGAGCUCAUGACGAACCGAAGCUUGCAAGACGCCUUGUUGGAUCGGAAGUGCGUGGAGCUGAUGCAGUGGAAGAAGAGGUUCGCUAUUGCAAUCGAUAUAGCAAAGGGUCUUCAGUAUCUGCACAGUUAUUGUGACCCGUCCAUCAUUCAUGGCGAUAUCAAGCCCAGUAAUAUUCUCCUUGAUGGCGAUUUCAAUGCGAAAAUUGCUGAUUUUGGAUUGGCAAGGUGUACGGGUGAAGAUGGUGAUUUAGAGGGUCUGGUGGAAGGCGAGAGGAAGAAGAAAGAGGGAUUGGAUGCCGUGGGUGUGGAGGAUAAUGGGUCGAUUCUUGAAGAGACUGAGAGUGUCUUGACUGUGGGAAUUGAGGACGGUGGUGCUGGUGCCGGCGAUCCUGAUCCGUCGCCGGAGAGUUGCGUGAGAGCUCAGGAUGUGGAAACGGCGACUUUGCCGGAGAUAGAUAUGGGGUUGGAUAAGGCGAGUACAUUGGAGGGCUGUUUCGAUAAGAUGAGUGUUGAUAGUGGGAAAGAAAUCAUUGGUUGUGGGAAGGGGAAAGGUGGCCGGAAAAAGGGCGAUUCCGGGAGGGAUUGGUGGUGGAGACAGGACAGUGGAUGGGGGUCUGAAUCUGGGAGGGUGAAGGAUUACGUAAUGGAGUGGAUUGGGAGUGAGAUAAGGAAGGAGAGGCCGAAAAACGAGUGGGUUGAGUCAUCAGGACCCCUAGAGGAUCAUGGUUUGAGCACAAAAAAUGAGCCGAAGAAAAGGAAGAAGAGGUUGGAAUGGUGGGCUUCAUUGGACGAGGGCAAAAUUAGGAAGAAGGAGAAGAACAGGAAGCCGAGGGAGUGGUGGAAGGAGGAGUUCUGUGAGGAACUUUCCAGGAAGAACAAGAAAAAGAGAACCCUUAAGUCGAGUAUUGGUGGCGAUGGGGAUCUGUGGUGGCAGAGGGAUGAAGAAUCUGUAGAGACAAGGAAGAAAAGGAAAAGCAGGAGUAGUAGAAGUAUCGAUUGGUGGUUGGAUGGGCUGAGCGGUGAGCUUAGAAAUGGGCGAAGGAAUAGCCAGGAUUGGAUGAGCGGAGAAAUUCCCAAGAGCGGUGGGGUUAGUAGUACACCUAGUAUGAGAGGAACGAUGUGCUACAUUGCCCCUGAAUAUGGUGGAGGAGGGCAGCUCUCCGAGAAGUGUGAUGUAUACAGUUUUGGUGUUCUGCUAUUAGUUUUGAUUUCGGGUCGAAGACCCCUCCAAGUAACAGCCUCACCAAUGUCAGAAUUCGAGCGGGCGAACCUCGUUUCAUGGGCUCGUCAGCUUGCUCGCAAUGGGAAGCUUUUGGAUCUUGUUGAUACUUCAAUUCAGUCAUUGGAUCGAGAACAGGGGUUGCUCUGCAUCACAAUUGCACUCCUCUGUCUACAGAGGUCACCGGCUAAGCGGCCCUCCAUGAAUGAAAUUGUUGGGAUGCUUUCUGGUGAGACUGAACCACCCCACCUGCCAUUUGAAUUUUCCCCAUCACCACCUUCCAAUUUUCCUUUCAAAUCCAGGAAGAAGAUGGCUCGGUGAGUUAACUGGAUGUCUGCUACCAUUUUCAUUAGCAGUAGAAUGUACUGUUGUAGGGCUUUUUAAAUUAAUCAAUUAACUUUGUAGAAAUCCAUCCAAAAAACAGGGAAAAAAAAAUAUAUACAUAUUUCAUGAAUUCAAACUCUCCUUUUACUUGGUUGUUUAGAUGUGUUGCUAGCCCUAUAAUUUCUUCUUCAACGGUUCAACCGUUACCUUUUUUGGAGUACCAUGAUUCAGCUACCAGCCCACUUGACCUUUUGAUCCUGUAAGUUGUUGAAAUUUAGGAAGCUCAUGCAUAAUGGAGACUGUAAAGGUAAGAAGACGUUGGUCUCACUUUUUAAAGUGGUGAGGCCAUUUCUUAAUCAACAAAUGCCUUGGGUGCCCUUAGAUUUGAAUCAAUGGCUUGCUUUUUCUGACUUUAAAACUUGUUUGGGCCCAGAACAAUGUUUCCUUUUUCUGUUGUCUUCUAUCUUUUAAAAGCCAGGUAAGCUUUAUGCCAAAGUAGCAUUGAUUUCAGUAGAAGGGAACAGGUGUUGGUCCCAAUCUCUUCUUUUGUAAAAUGGUCAUAGUCAUGUAGCAUGCGUACACACAACAUGAAACACAGACAACACGAAAAACAAAUGGGAGAAGACUGGGUAGUAUCUACUAUCAUCUACAUACUAAAUGCCCAAAUUCUUCUAAAUUUAGAAGUGAAAUUGCAUAGAUAAAUUGUUGGCCUGAAUUUUUCAAUUGAGUAUUGCUUGGGGAAUUACUUGUCUACUGGAUUAUAAAUUAUACAAAAAAAAAUUAAAAAUAAAAUAAAAUCAGAGAGUUUGGUGUCUACUAACAUAGCACAUUUGGUUGUUUGUUUUACUAUGAACCUUCAGAGUGUGUUGACAGCACAAGAAUAUAAUCCUAUUUGCACCACCCCCACUUUUAACAUGUGAAUUUUUUUGUUUGGAUGUCACGAUCUUUGCUCUCUGAUAACUUUUUUAAUGACAUUGAAGCCCAAAAAUUGUCCAUUGCAUAUUCCAAUCACACUGCUAUAUAAUAUUGUUGUAUAAUGUUCCUAAGAGCCCAGUAGGUUAUGGAAGAUUUUGUUCCCAUGUGGGUCACAAGAACUGCUGGGUUUUGUUCCCAUGGCACUUCUUCACAAGGCUUCAACAUUUUAGUUUUUACAUAAGGAAUCGUUAUUCAUAGCAAAAAAAGUAUAGUGUCUAACUUCUCAUAUGAUUCAAAUUGUGGUUGUCUGGAUGAGGAAAGAUGUUGCAAACAUAGGCAAAAUUUGUUACUGUUCAUGAUACACAAAAACAGAAGCAAGAAUUGCAGAGGCUUUAGGGAAAAUUAUUAAUUAUUCCAAUCUGGCCACUUCUGUUAAAAUGAAUGAGAUCCAGAAAAGGGCGGCAGCUCUGGUAGAGAAUAUAAUGUUUAGAGUAUCUAUAUCACUUUAGCAAUGAUUUUGUGAUAUUCAUGUUGGGCUUCGGUUUGCUUAUUUUGUAAGCUAAAUAACUAUUGGGACUUGUCAUGAAGGUUACCCUUGUUAUUAUAUAUUUAAGGUGGAUGAUCUGAACUAAGUUCGAAUUUACAUUUUCCUUGCAGUUUGUAAAGUUGAUUCAAGAAUCAUUAGAGUACGUCUGUUUAUUUUUUAUUUUUUAUUUUUCCAUGUACAUGUAACUUUGAAUUUGGUAUUAGUAUUGCUUCUUUGUCGGUACUUAUGAGCAAGGAGUAUUAGACUUGCUAAUACCACUUAGAUAGCUCAGGGCUCCCAACUAUCACUUAGAUAGCUCCAAAAGGAGUUCAGAUGUUAUAGGAUUGAGGUUUUGGCCCAUAGCAUCACCCCUGAUAUUGCUUUGAAGGCAUGUAAUGCUCCAAAUUGGCUUAGCCAAUUCUAAUUGCCAAGCUUCAAUCCAUAUAAGCAACAAUGCCAACAACACAUCAUGCCAACCUGAAACUGCAAACAACAUGACAUAUACUAUAGAACCAUGCUGUUAUAUCUUCAAAGCACACUUGAAUAGCUAGACAGACCUAAGAUCAUCAAGGCUUGUUUUCUGUGUUGCUAAGAUCAUUCUUAUAACUAAACCACCACCAAGAAUCGAUUAUAUUAUUAGUAAACAUUGAGAAGCAUGUUUAUUAGAAUGAGGCUUGUGUUCACCUCUCUAGUUUCUUUGAUAUAGAAUUUAACUGCUGUAAGUUUAGGUUUUUCUCCAUUGAGAUAGCUUAUGUUUUUUCACCAUUCAAAAGUUGAGCUCAUCGAGUUUCUAGCUGUGUUGAUGCUGCCUCUUAAUAAGUGGGGUGCAAGGUUGCACAUUGGUGUGUGGCCUUUUCUGUUGUCUGUACCAUACUGAAGUUGUUAGACCUUUUGUCCGGCUCUCAAAGAGCAAGGGUUAGGCACAUGGGCAGCUGCCUCUAAAACAGCAAACAUUUGUCUUCUCCAUAAACACAACUCUAGGGGUUGGAGAAUGAUGAUGAUGGAGUCAGUGUUUUGUUCCUUAUAGUAUAAUAGCAGAAGUCCUGGCUCCAGAAAACCAUAGGUGAUGUAUUGUCAAAGCUUCCAAGCUCAGUUUUGUGAACUGUUAUGUGAUUUUGGAACUUGAAGCAAGUGAAAUCAUAUGAAAGCCACUUUGUCUUCACUUCAAAUGGGAAUGAAAAAUACUUUGAUGGAACUGCUAUAUUGAUUGUCUAUGUAGAUAUUGUACUUGUAACAGGGGAUUCUGAUUCAAGGAGUGCAGAAGAAGACUCAAAGAUUAAUUGUAUCCAACCAUGAGGCUCUGUAUCUUUCAAUCAUGUCAUUCCAACAGUAAACUCAAGAUUCUGUUGGUUACUCAAGUACAGUGAUUCUUGAUUUAUCUUAUGGGUCAUGGCUGCUUAAUUUUGUUUCUAUAUUGAUGGUGUUCCAAAGUAAAUAAUGUUCCUAUAAUCCUCAGAUAUCAGAAAGCAUUCCCUUUUCUUUCCUUCUUUUCAUUCUUUUGUAAUGAUUUGCAUUCUCCUAAUUGAAUAUUAUUUGCUUUGA